CUUCAUUUUCCAAGUCAGGCCAGCGAUAUAAAAGCAGCUUUUCUUUGUUAAGUUCAAACCCCCUUACCUUCAUACGCUGUUCUCCCUUCAAUCUUUUUCAGCAGAGAUGAAGUUGGUGUUAUUUGUCGUAGCAGUAACCUUUGUCAUCGGAUCUUCCUCCGUUUUAACAAAGCCUUUCAAUGAUGCUCAAGAUUCAGAAGGCAUGGCAUUGACCAAGCGUAUUGUAUACGUUACAGGACGAAGCCUACGUAGUAAUGCUGCUCUGGACAAUGUUGGUGCAAGUAAAAGAAACAGUGAUGAAUUCGAAGAAGUUGGUCUUGUCAAACGUACAAGACAUAAACAUCGCCAUCACCAUCGCCAUCAUCAUGGUCAUCACGGUCAUAAAUCCAAGGGAAUGGCGGCAAUGCCUCCAGCUGCGGCAAUGGGCGGUGGUGCUGCUGCAGGUGGAAUGGCAGCCGGUGCUCCUGAUAUGGCCGCCUCUGGAGCUGCUGAUGCUGGCGCUGGAGCAGCUGAUGCCGGAGCUUCUGAUAUGUCUGCCGCUCAAUAA